AUGCUUUUCACUUGGGAAUGGGAAAACACUUGUGUUGUCUACAAAUGGUGGCAUGUCAAGACAUUCCAAGGCUUUGUAGGCACUUUGGUGGCUAUCGCUGCUUUAAGCCUGCUUUACGAGUUCAGCCGGGCAUGGGUGAACACCUGGCGCAUUAAGAAUACUCCUCCUGUUGGCUCGGCACCAUCGAGUCUCUCUAGGGCAUAUAAGGUGAAGCUGUCUGUGUUUUAUGCGUUCCAGGUGGGGUUCUCCUUCAUGUUGAUGCUUGUUUUUAUGACCUACAAUGGCUGGUACAUGUUAGCUGUGGUUGCUGGUGCUGGAAUCGGCCACUACUUGUGGGGAUCUGAGACAGAGUCAAGGUCGAUGUCGUGUCACUGA